AUGCAACUUGGCAAGCCUUGGUGCAGCACAUGCUGCAUCAACUUCAAUACUUUUGAGGAGCACCGGGAGCACUCAAAUGUUUUCAAGAUCCAAAUUCGACAUAGUGGCCCAUCUAUUCCUCGUUAUGUCAUGGACAAAGCUAUGGAAAACUGGGAUCGAGUCAAGGAAUCAUGGGAUGAGCCGUCGGAAGAAAGUACAGGAGAUUGGUCAGAGGUCUGUGAGGUAGAGACUCCAGAAUUUAACGAAGAACUCUGCCUCUUUUGCCGCCACACGAGCUCGAACUUUGACAAUAAUAUGGCUCACAUGAAGGCAUGCCAUGGUUUCACCAUCCCAACCCAGAAAAGUCAGGACAUUGCUAUAUCUUUUGUAAGACGCCUUCGUAGCAUCGUAUUCGACUGCUACGAAUGUAUAUUUUGCGGCAAGCAACGCCGCACGUUGGAAGGGAUUCAACAUCACAUGGUUGCCAAGAACCACUGUCAUUUUCAGAUGACAUGCGAGAUUUCGAGAUUCUGUAAGGAGGAAGAAAGAUUUGACGCUCAAGAAACCCGAGAAAGCCAUGAUACUCAGCUUGUACGACCAGCUCAGGCUUCCCAUAACGACGGGACUAUCAUUCAGCGUCCCCGGCUGCAACGCAUGCCGAAGUUUCUAGGAUGUGAGAGCACCGGAGACGGCCAUCAUAAGUACGAAGAGGAGCAAUGA